AUGGAAGAAAAUUAAACAAAGAAAGAAAAAUUUAAUAUUUGUAUGUGCUGUGAUUUCUUUUACCCUAGAUUGGGUGGUGUAGAAAUGCACAUAUUUUAAUUAUCUUUAGAAUUAAUUAGACUAGGUCAUAAAGUUAUUAUAGUAACAAAUACCUAUGGUAAUAGACAAGGAGUGAGAUAUAUCACAAAUGGAUUGAAGGUAUAUUAUACACCAAUGACACCUUUUACAGAUUAAGCAAUAUUCCCUUAAAUUUGGGGUUUUCUACCUUUAUUUAGAAAAAUUUUAAUUAGAGAGAAUAUUUAAAUUAUACAUUCACAUUAAACUACCAGUGUGCUAGGCUUAGAGAGUAUUCUCCAUUCUCGUACCAUGGGAUAUAAAACUGUCUUUACAGAUCAUUCUUUAUUUGGAUUUUCCGAUGCUGCUUGUAUCCACGUUAAUAAAUUGUUGAAAUUCUUUUUAUCUGAUAUAGAUCAUGCUAUUUCAGUUUCACAUACAUCAAAAGAAAACUUAACUUUAAGAGCUAGCUUCAACCCCUAUGAUAUAUCUGUAAUUCCUAAUGCUGUUGAUUGCAGUAGAUUUAAACCUGAUCCUUCAAAGAGAUAUCCUCUAAAUACUAUAAACAUCGUUUGUAUUUAGAGACUUACUUUUAGGAAGGGUGUUGAUCUCCUGAUAGAUGUCAUUCCUUUAGUUUGCAAAAAAUUUCCUGAAGUUCAUUUUAUUAUUGGUGGAGAUGGCCCUAAAAGAAAACCUCUAGAAGAAAUGAUACAAAGAUGUGGAUUGGUAGGACGUGUUGAACUUUUAGGUUCAAUACCUCAUAAGGAAGUGAGAAACGUAUUAGUAAAAGGACAUAUAUUUUUAAAUUGCUCUUUAACAGAAGCAUUUUGCAUAGCUAUUGUAGAGGCUGCAUCGAGCGGUCUAAUGGUUGUUUCAACUAAUGUAGGUGGAGUAGUAGAAGUACUUCCAAAGCAUAUGGUGCAAUUAGCAGACCCUAAACCAGAAUCUUUAGUAGAAAAACUUGAAAUAGCUAUUCCUAUUUCUAAAAAUGUUCCUGCUCAAGCAUUCCAUAACGAAAUAUCUGAUAUGUAUAAUUGGAUGAGUGUUGCUAAAAGAACAGAAAAAGUCUAUGAAAAAGUGCUCAAAAAACCACGUCCAACAAUUAGAGAGAGAUUCCAAAGAUAUGCUAGCAGUGGACCGUUUGCAGGAAUAAUAUUGCUUUGUAUAAUUGUUAUAGAUUUAAUUUUCUUUAUGUUUUUACAGUGGUGGACACCUAAAGAUCAAAUAGACAGAGCCAUCGAUUUUCCUCAUAAAAAGUAUAGCGAAAAUAGAGAAAAAUAUGGCGACCACAAUUUUCACAUACAGGAAAAUAAAAAUUAAUGA